AUGUCCGAAUUAAAUGAAAAUACGUUAAGUGCUAAUGAUGAAGAUAUUUUAAAUAGCAUUUUUAGUAAAAAUAAUGAAGCGAUAUCAUUUUCUAAUACAUGUUUUCAUGAAUCUGCUUUAGAAGAAGAGCAUAUAGGUGAAGAAAUAAAUGAAAAUUUAAAUUUGAGUGAAACAAAUCAAUUAGAAGUACAAGGAAUUCGUUUAGCUGAAAAUGGUAAACUACAAGAAGCUAUUGCCAUACUUACAAAAGCAAUUGAAACUGCUCCAAAUCAUGCAUCACUUUACAAUAAUAGAGCACAAGUUUAUCGUCUCUUAAAUGAUGAUGAAGCUGCACUUGAAGAUAUACAAAGUGCAAUUCAAUUAUGUUAUUCGAAAGGUGAUAUUUAUUGUAAAGCACUUUGUCAACGUGGGAUAUUACAUUUUAAACAUCGUCGUGACGCUGAAGCUAUAGAAGAUUUUCAAAAAGCUGCAUCUUUAGGAAGUCAAUUUGCAAAAGAACAGAUGGUGAAAUUAAAUCCUUAUGCAACUUUAUGUAAUGCAACUUUGAAGAAAGUGUUUCAACUCGAAAAAUAUUAAACAAUAACAAAACAUUAAAUAAAUAAUUUUUUUU